CAAUAAUUGAAAUCAUCAAAUAUUUUUUUCUUCAAUCAUCUUAUGGUUUAUUUAAAUAAAAAUUAUACAAAAAUCAAUUUAACAAACUCCAACCCCACGGCCAGCCGUCCGCCGUCGUCAACGUCGUUAUUGUCGACGAAUUGGAAACGCUGCUGCUGCUGUUGUUGAAGGAGAACACACAAAAAAAAUUGUUGGCUUUAUUUCACUUUUGUGUGUCCUUUUUGUUCUUCAGUUCUUUUUGUUAAUUUAUUAAUGGCAUCACCAUACUUCCAUAAACUUAACGAUUUUUAGCCAUUUUUUGCGCUGAAUUGUGUGUUAAAAUAAAAAUCAUCAAGUCCAGUUUGUGAUAUACUCUGCCAGGACAUAAUUUAUUUGAACAAUUAAACGAAUACAUGUGGAAGUGAUUUGAAGAAACACAGUAUAAAACCAUCUUCACAAUCAUCUGAACAUCAAUGCAUACAUCACUAUUACAGAUCUCAAGUAAAUAAUCAUUCAUUUUAUAAGUAACUACCAUUGCUCAUCCCGGGAACAGAACAUACCCAGUAUCGCAAUAUUAAAACUUGUGAUUAACUAACCCUGGCUUAAAAGCAAUCUUUUGCGUGAAGCAGAAGAUGACUGAAAAAAUGGCGUCCGCACAUUCACAAGAAUUCUGUGUACGGUGGAACAGUCACUUGGGAAGUUUGGGAGCAGCAUUUCCUCAGCUCCUUGCUGGCCAAAGAUUCGUUGAUGUUACAUUGGCCUGUGAAGGCCAUCAGCUGCACUGUCAUCGGCUGGUUUUGGCUGCAUGUUCCUCAUAUUUUGAAAGCAUUCUGGCAGAAAAUCCUUGCAAACAUCCCGUAAUAAUCUUGCCAAGGGACAUUAAACUGUGGGAGAUUCAGGCUUUGGUUGAUUUUAUGUACAAAGGCGAAGUUAAUGUUACACAGGCCGGUUUGCCAAAUCUACUGAAAUGUGCCGAAUCUCUACGCAUUCGAGGGCUUUACGGAUCUGAUGCAGCCCUCAAUCUCAAUCAAUUAAGACAGAUGGCCAAAGCAGCUCGAACAGCUAGUGCGACUGGUGUGUCUGCAAAUGCAUCACAACAGCAGCAAUCAUCGGCGACAAUGGAAAACACAGAAUGUACUGAAGAACUACAAAGCACAGAGUUUACAGAACAAACAAAAAUUAAUUCCAUACCACAAGACUCGACAGCCUCAAACUCUAACGGCCCAUUAGAUGUCAAUCCUAGUACACACGAAAGCCAAGAACAAGUAGCUCCUAACGUUAAUGAUCUUCCUGUAGCAUCCAACUGCAGUACAGCAACUACCAGCAGCUGUAGCAGUAGCAACACCAGCACUGUCACCGCAUCAGUAUCUAAUCAAACGAUAGCACUCAAUGUCGUCGAACAGGCGAAUUUUAUGAACCAAUCGAACAUCAUGAAAACCGAAAGUGUCGCUACAGAACCCUUCGAUGACUCAACCAUCGCUUACGACAAUUUUGAAGAUUAUCCCAAGCCCGAAGAUGAUGCUUAUCCAUCGGUAAAUGACGAAGACAGUUUUGCAGGCGACAACGAUGAGAGUAUGAUGAUGCAAAUGAACAUGGACAGCCCUAAUAACUCGUACAAACGUGUCCGAAGAUCUGAAGCGUCUCUUGCUCAAGCUGCCAAGUGUGUUUCGAAAGGCCAAACAUUCCAGACUGUCAGCAAUAUGUUCAACAUCCCAGUAUCCACUAUUCGUUUUUACAUGGCAAGAAAAGGCAUCCUUCCAAAAAGAAAACGCGGACGUGGAUCAUCUAACAGCGCCGUCAUGACAGGUGCCGUAAUGACUCAUGCUCUCGAUCAUAUUAAGCGUUCAUCCAGUCCUCCAAUGGAACCACCGUUCCAGUUUGUUGGCUACAAAUUACCAGCGCAUAAACCAAAUCUAAUCUAGUUUAAGUAAAAAUACAAUCAUCUGUUUAAAGAACAAAAUGAAUCGCCUUCCUGUUCAACUAAAAUCCGCCAUCAGGAUAAUCCCAACAACAAAUUCUACUAACAACUUUUCUACAACUACUUAUUUCAAUGACAAAGCAACCAACAAUCGUC